AUGUCGUUCUUCAAGUCGCUUCCGAGUGCGGGUGCGUUUACCGAAGUGGAGGUGGGGGCGGCUGGCGGCGGAGGCGGAGGCGGCGGCAGUGGGUAUGUGGCGCCGCAGGAGCCGCAGCUGCGGCGGGCGCUGCCGAGCGGCGACCAGCGUCCGCCGGCGGGACAGUCGAUCGGGACAGACUCGACACACAUUCUGAUUCGGGCACUUUCCGAGGCCAAGGCGAAGCGCAAGUCGCAAGUGCCCGGGGCAUCGACGUCGACGUCGACGUCAGCGUCUGCAGCGGCGUCUGCGUCCGCGGCGUCGCGGAAGCGCAAGUCGUCUCUUGGCGGCUGCGGCAGUGUCGACGGCGACAUCGACGACGGCAUCGGCGGCAUCGACGGCAUCGACGGCAUCGACAGCAUCAGUGGCGACAGGAGCCAGGUCCAGCUCGGGCUUGUUCGACAUGGGCCGGGUGGUGCGGAUGAAGUUGCCGGAGCUUCGUGA